UGUGAGGUGGAUGUGCUAACCAGUCGUCCACCGUGCCGCCCAGUGGUAAACACUGCAGAAAAAUAAUGACGUAUACGUUUGUCAUAUGUAAAAACAUCUCAUUUCAUAUGUAAAGGUUAUUUAAUAGAUGUUAUUUUUGGCUCAUAAAGUGGGCGGGGGUCUAUUGUGCCUUAAAACAUUGGCCUACAACAGCUGUAUUAUUUGAUUUGAUUUCAGUUUAAAAUCAGUGGCUAGUAAAUGUGGUUGGAUGUUUCCGUUUUUUCAUCACUGGAACAGAAACGAAACUUAAUUUAAUGUACAGUAUGAGAAAUGGUUGAGCCGAUCCAAGGAUGGUGUGUUCCAACUACAGGGCGAUCACACUCCUCAGCCUCCCUGGUAAGGUCUAUUCAGGGGUGCUGGAGAGGAGGGUCCGUCGGGAAGUCGAAUCUCGGAUUCAGGAGGAGAAGUGUGGUUUUUGUCCUGGCCGUGGAACAGUGGACCAGCUCUUCACUCAGGGUCCUCGAGGGUGCAUGGGAGUUCGCCCAACCAGUGUUUACAUGUGUUUUGUGGACUUGGAGAAGGCGUUCGACCGUGUCCCUCGUGGAAUCCUGUGGGGGGUGCUUCGGGAGUAUGGGGUACCGUACCCCCUGAUACAGGUUGUUUGGUCCCUGUACGACCGGUGUCAGAGUUUGGUCCGCAUUGCCGGCAGUAAGUCAGACUCGUUUUUGGUGAUGGUUGGACUCCGCCAAGGCCGCCCUUUGUCACCGGUUCUGUUCAUAACCUUUAUUAACAGAAUUUCUAGGAGGAGCCGAGGCGUCGAGGGGGUCCGGUUUGGUGGCCUCAGUAUUGCAUCUCUGCUUUUUGCAGAUGAUGUGGUUCUGUUGGCGGUCCAUUUCGCACCAGUGUAUGAAGCAGCUGGGGAUGAAAAUCAGCUCCUCCAAAUCUGAGACCAUGGUCCUCAGUCGGAAGCUCGGUCAUCCGGGAGGAGCUCAGAGUAGAGCCGCUGCUCCUCCACAUUGGAGGACCCAGAUGAGGUGGCUCGGGCAUCUGAUUAGGAUGCCUCCCAGACACCUCCUUGGUGAGAUAUUCCGGGCACGUCCCACCGGGAAGAGACCCCGGGGACGACCCAGGACACGCUGGAGAGACUACGUCUCCCGGCUGGCCUGGGAAUGCCUCGGGAUCCCCGCGGAAGUGCUGGUGGAAGUAGCUCGCGAGAGGGAAAUCUGGGCCUCCCUGCUAAAGCUACUGCCCCCGCGACCCGACCUCGGAUAAGCAGAAGAAGAUGGAUGGAUGGAUGGAUGGAUAUAAUAAAUGUGCUUGAGUUGGUCUAGACUCCAUACAGAACUGAAAUAAAAAAAAUCUAUUUAUUUUUGUAGUAAUAGUGCCAUCACAAAAAUAAAGUUACACAUGAUGUGCACAUACAGUACGUAGUAUUGUUGUUUUUGUGACUUUGGGCUUUUCACAUCAGGGGUCGCCACAGAGUCACUCGCAUGAAUUAUUUGACACCCAACAUGUUUUAAAAUAGAUCAGUGAUUUUGGUUUUGAACGUUAAUAUACUUCCAGAAUGCCACAUAAAUCAUAUUAAGUUAAAAAAAAUAUAUUUUCAUUGUUAUUGUCGCAUUUAUCACGCAUUUGCUUGUGAACCGGAAGUGGUUGUUGUGAUAAUUUGCAAAUAAGAGCUAACAAGGAAGUUGUCGCGUGUCAGUUCUUGUGUGUUGAUAUUUUUCAAGUUGUAGUCAGCUCUUUCAUACUGACCAGCCCACAAUGACAAACGAGGGGAAAAGCAAGCCGCAGUUUUAUAUCUGCAGCUGCUUCACGACGGACAACAUUUUCCUCGAGGACUACAAGCUUCACGUUCGCUUUGUGACAGAGGAGCAGUUCAGACGAGACCAUGAAGCUCAACUGAAGAGGCUUGGCUGCGUUACGGAGCAACAAUUUGGGGAUAUCCUGAACAAGAUUUCCCAGGAAGUGGACAGGCGAAUGCGUCUUGCAGUGACAUCUGUUGACAGAGCUGCUGUCAUAAAAAACACAUAUCGGCCUCUUCAUCCUCACGUCUACCAUCUGCAGGAGACGUUUCUUGCGGCUGAGUUCAAGCACAUAGUCGAGUAUUGUCAAAGUCGCGAUGUCGCACUCAGAAGUCUUUCUGAUUUGUUGGAAGAAGAAACGGCGCCCAGGGUUUAUCGCUUCCCAGUGUUCAACAAGAGCUUCUGCCAGGAUCUGAUGGACGAGCUGGACAACUUUGAGCGUUCUGCAGCACCUAAAGGUCGACCCAACACCAUGAACAAAUAUGGGAUCCUCCUAAAUGAACUUGGCUUUGAUGAGGGCUUUGUUACACCUCUUCGUGAGCAGUACCUACACCCACUCACCUCCUUGCUCUACCCAGAUUGUGGAGGGCACUGUCUGGACAGUCACAAAGCCUUUGUUGUCAAAUACGACAUAAAUGAAGACCUGGACCUCAGCUACCACUACGAUAACGCAGAGGUCACACUUAAUGUCUCCCUGGGCAGGGACUUCACAGAGGGAAACCUUUACUUUGGCGAUAUGAGACAGUUGGCUCUCAGUGAGACUGAAUGUUCAGAGAUCAAACACAGAGCGUGCGAGGGCAUUCUUCACCGGGGCCAGCACAUGCAUGGGGCCCUGCCUAUAUCCUCUGGCCAGCGAUGGAACCUCAUCAUUUGGAUGAGAUCCUCUCAGGAGCGCAACAGACUUUGUCCCAUGUGCAACAGGAGGCCAGUACUGGUGGAAGGGGAAGGCUUCGCUGACGGAUUCACCAGACCCUCCACUGCGCUGCUCGCUGACCUCUGUGCACUCACCUGACAUAUGCUGAAGCAACACACGUGAUUGGCAGUGUGUCCAUCCAAUUGUUGACAUGAGGCAUUUUUUCAUAGGUAUAACAUCCACUCGCGUUGAUUCAAAUGGGUAGUAAAGUUGAUGCGCCAUUUCAAGGCUAAAUAUGGAUAAUUAGCGCUUUUCUGAUUGCUUCGGGAUCCAGGCCUCUUAAGUGCUGUGAAAUAGUGCACAUUUAACCAUUUUUAUGUCAGAUGAUGAGGCACUGGCACUGGUCAUGCAUGGACUGAACUCUAAUAUUGAUCACCAUAAUUUAUAUUUAAAAUCGAAACUGAUUAAAUGUGUGGUUUGAAAUAGUCAAUUGUUUUUUUUCUUGAUUUGAUUCAAUGCACUUUUUCUACUAGAGCGGCUCCAACUACCAGACAUACUUGGAAAAUAAAGAUGAAUCUGAUUCUGA